ACGGAGCGGUACGCUCCGAAUGAGCGAUAUUGGUGACAGAGAGGGCGGGACUUUCAGAUCGACGUGUUUAGCGAGAGAGAGGGCGGGACCUUAGAUAUAGGCAUAUCCGGUGUGUGUCCCUGACAUGUUUCAGAUGCUUUGUCAAAUCCUUAAUCACAUAAAUCGAUAUAUAUUUUACUUUUUGUGCGUUACUCUCGUCCUGCCUUUAUUGAUGUCACUCUAUGGAUUGUUAUUUGAAUAGACAGCUCAAAGGGAUAUGGGACCGGAACUGGAAUUGCGAUACACCGGGAUAACGUUACACUUCAGGAUCCUCUCUCAGCCUUCCUUUUGUCUGAAAACUUGUAGGCAAAUUAUACGGCUGUUUCGUCAAUAGAGAGCUACCAUACGAACAUGCUAACGGCUAGCUAGCCGAUCAAGUGAAUACGUCAACAGCCCAAACAACAAGAUAAGUUGUCGUUUUUUCAGGGUUUACGACACAACAUCGAGUUUCAGUGCGAUUGAAUAAUCUUUCUCUACACGGACGACUUCCCUCUGGCUAUUUGAGGUAAUAUCGAUGCUAGCAGCUAGCCGCACCGUGUAGCUCAAUGCGGGUCACUAGCAUGGACCUGUUGGACCCCCAGUUCCUGGAUAAAAUGAACAACAACAUUGGAAGGCUGCAUUACGAAGGUGACGCCAGGAUACCCUCGCUGCCCAGCACCAUGCCCCACAUGAGAACAGGCCCUCCGCCCAUCUGUCCAAGCAAAAGGAAGUACGGCGAGGAGAAGAUGGACGACCACAUCGAGUGUGACACGGACCAUGGCAACAAAAUGAGCAGGCUCUUUGCAACACAACUAGCCCAGCAUUCUGGCGGAGACAAUCGCAACGAACACUGGAGCCUCAAUCACAGCCCCGCCGAGUGCAUCACGUCCUCCUCCAACGGGCUGUACCACCGGUACGGCUCCGCCCCCGACUACGCCAUGGAGCAGCCCCUCGCUUUAACCAAAAGCAGCCCCCCCUCGGGGAUGGGGGGCGGAGAGAGGUCUGGAUUUGCUGGUCCAGCGGAGCGCCAACAGAACCGCCCCUCUGUCAUCACCUGCGCCCCGGCCAGCAGCCGGAACUGCAACAUGUCUCAGUGCCACAUGAACGGCUGCCCCCCCAACCCAGCAGCCGACCAGAGAAAGGCCAACGUCAACACCGUCUGCGACCCCGUGAUCGAGGAGCACUUCCGCCGCAGCCUGGGGAAGAACUACAAGGAGCCCGAGCCCGUCCCCCGGCCGGUGUCCAUCACCGACUCGGUGGACGACCACUUCGCCAAAGCCCUGGGGGAGACCUGGCUGCAGAUCAAGGCCAAGGGCGGGGGCCCGCAGAGCCCCGAGUCCGACUCGUGAGGCGGUAGGGGAGGCGGCCCCCUCGCUGGACGGCCGUGCUGAAUCACAGUGGCUCCCUCCAGGGGCCGCCGUGCCCGCCUAGCACCAGAGGGCUGUGAGUAUUGUAAGAGAAGUGUUAGAGUGGAACUUGCCUGUAGAGGUGGGUCAUGUGUGGGCCUUGAGGGUCUGAACAAAAUUCACACGUGGUCUUUGUUUCUUUUUUUGUUGUCAAGAAGGGGUGUACGUGUCCUAAAGUGUGGACCCUCCAUGAUUGAUUGUCCCGCGUUGGGGGGACUGUACAAUCGGAUAACAUUUUUUGCUUCACACUAAGAAACGUCUGAACACGUUCUGUAUUAACUGCUCUUCUCCUGCCUUGUGAACCAAAGAAAUCUCCCCCCCCCCCCUUCCCUCCAAACAUACACAAGCCAUAGGUUUGGCUCAUCUGUGCAUAGCUCAAACUUUCUUUCACCCUAUGUAGAGCCCUUCUUCUCAUAAAGCUUUGGUUUCUUUCUUUUUUUUUAUUGUUAUUAUUUGUUUUUAUAUAUAUAUAUAUAUAUAUAUAUAUAUAUAUACAUAUAUAUAUAUAUAUAUGGACAGCUAGAUCUGGUUUGACAGAGUAGGCAGAGAUGAGGUUAUGUUUUCUUUGUUAGUGUUUGAAACGUAGAGAAAGAAAUCGAAGAUCAGUUUCUCUUCCUGGACUUUCUAUUCUCUCUUAAUCCAUGUAAUCAUUACUUAUUUUAAACUGGACUAAUCCACUGUUAAGAAAGAUACAAUUUAAUUUAGUUUUGAAUCUAUAUACUCACUAUGGUUGAUUAACUUGGUAAUCUAGUAUGGAUAGUAGGCUCUUCCUCCUAAAUAGAAAGCAUGUGUCAAAUAGCUGGGUUCUAUUACAAACUAUUCUGUUCUAUUUACCCUCAGAACUUUAUUUUUUAUCAGUUUUAUUUGAACAGUUUUAGGAUUACUCACUGCUGGGACAGUUGUACGCAAUAUGUUUUUGUAUCCGUUUUCUCUUCGUUAGUAUAUAUAAAUAUAUAUAAAUUUAGAUAUAUACUUUAGCAUCCACCAGAAUAAUCACAGCCUCUGGCCAGGUUGUCAGCAUGCAGUGUAAUGGGCUAGAUUGCUUUUUUACUCUGUGAUACAGGAUGCUGGAGCUUCAUACCUGACUGAAGACGGCUAUUAGUAAGAAUCUCGAGUUUUCUAGUUUAAAAAAAUCAACAAAAACGAUAGUUUUUAACGACUAUUUAUUCAGAGCAUAACUUUUACUUACUUCAGGAUAUGACGAUCAAUCACUUUUUAAACGACCCACCCCAAACAUUCCUUUUUAUUUUUUUUGUUAUUUGUUAAGAGAUUUCAAAGCACAAGCAGCGCUCUAGUCCCGAGAUGUUAGUAAUGCGAUUGGACGUUCACAUUCCACCAUUAAUGCUCAUCAUUGGUCAGCACCUUGGAAGAGUUUAAAGCAUAAGUGCUAUUGUUACAAGUCGGUUUAGGGAGGCCAGUGGUGGUGAGCGGUGGAGACCUGGGUGAUGGUGGGAUCUGUUAAAACGUCUAUCAGUAAUACCAGUCUGAAGAACACGUGUCCUCAUUGUCAAAUUUCUUUUGAUAACCCUUCAGAGAUUAUUUUUUAUUUACUUUUCAACAUGUAUGUGUCAACACUGAUAAGAAAAAAAAAUUGUAUUGUAAGUUUGUUUUUUAUUCUAGUUUGUAAAGAAGAAAUGCUAUAUACAUACUCUCUAUUCUCUUUGGUUAUCCUAUGACUAUCAUUAUGCCGCGCAUAAUGAAAACUACUUUUUUUUUUCAUUAAGAACAACAUACUGGUAUGUAGCAUCGAUAUUCAUUGUCCUCCAACAAGAAAUUUUCUUCUUAAAAGUUGAUCUUUUUUCAUAACGGUCUCCUAGUGUAUUUUGGUGCCAGACAUUUUGAGAAAAAUGUUUUCUUUGUAAAGAAAAAUAAUAAAAGGUGGUUGAAGUAAACCCUCCGUACUAACAGAGUUAGUUCUGAGGUAGACUGGUGUCAAAGGUUGAACUUAAGGGAACGUCCUCAGAUCCACUUGUUUGAUACAAGCUGGGUUUCUUUGAGAUGCCGUUGGGGUAAUAUUUAAUUUCUAUAUUUAGACUGCUUGUGCCUCAGAGACAAGUUUCACAAACUAACUGCUCCAUGUGUUUUUCACUUGGGAAUUUCUUAUUUUGUAACUUUUUGGCCUUAUUUCUCCGGAAGAAAAUGUCACAGUUUUGUACUCUGAUUUCUUCUUAAUAAAUAUGUAAAUGCUCAUGUUGUGAAUUCUUUCCCUUUUUUAUAAUUAUUUUCAUAUUAACUUGGACUCUUUCAUUUAAAAUCAUAACCACAUUGUGGAUAUUAUAAUCAUAAAACUGUCAGGAAAUCAUCAUCAUACAAGGAAGGGAACUUAACCUUUUAACAUUUCAUAUAUGUAUUCAGUUCUAGUCUCCAAAUCACACACAAUGGUUGUGCAAAAGAAAGGUUAAGGACUUUCAUUUAGCCUUUACACAUUCAAAUCAGCUUAUGUAAUAGUGAUGCCUAAAUCUUCCAUGAUGUGGACAAGCCAAAGCUACCUUUCAAAGGUCAGUGGAUUUUCACGGCCUUCUGUGAGUUAGUCUGAUUCCUAAUUCCUUGAUGACAACACUCAUUGUUCAGCAGUUAUCCUGAUCAGAGGUGAAAGUGUAAUAAAAACCUGUUUCUGUGAAACAUGUUUUUCUCUUGCUUCUAAAUGUCAAGUAAAAAAACUGGUUAAUUGGAUGUUCCAGAUUUAGCUACUGGCCUUUGUUACUUUCAACUGUGACUUUUGAACAUGUAUCUAUGAUUAUUUCCAGUGGUUAUAUUUUUUUCUUAAUUUCAGAGAUCUACAUUGAACCCAUCAUCUAUAAUUAGACAACGUGCUGCCUCCUUGGGACUCAGACUGAUAACCAGUUCAGGUUUCAUAACAGUCAUGUCACUUUCCUUCAUUCCAGCAGGUGGCACAAAUGCUUCAAUCUUCGUGAGGGAAAGAAGUCUGGUCUAUGGAACUAAGAGUCGAACAGGUUACGGAGGAUUUUAUUUCGAUUACUAUUAUUAAUGCAUUUAUUCAAUUAAAUGCUAAAAUAGUCUAUAGGUGAAUGGAAA